AUGACAAGGCUGAAAUGCUUGCAGCAGUUUGAUGAUGAGCAAGCUCAGUCAUUUGCAAGGUUGUUUGACUAUGUGGAGGAGUUUAAAAGCACUAAUCCUGGAUCUACAGUUGAAUGUGAGGUGAGGCAGACACGAUUCUAUAGGUUUUAUGUGUGCUUUCAGGCGCUUAAAGAUGGGUGGAAUGGUUCUUGUAGGAAGAUUAUUCACAUCAAUGGUACAUUUCUGAAGUGGAGAAUGAAUGGAAUGUUAUUGGUUGCUUGUGGAAGGGAUCCUAACGAGCAGACUUUUCCUAUCGCAUGGGCCAUUGUGGAGGUUGAAAACAAAGAUAACUGGUUAUGGUUUUUUGAUCAUUUGGUCGAAGAUCUAGGCCUAGGACAUGGUAAUGGUUUAACUCUAGCAAGUGACCAACAAAAAGGUCUUAUAUUAGCUGUUCAAGAUGUGCUGCCAUAUGCUGAGCAUAGGAUGUGUGCUCGGCAUGUAUACUCUAAUUCGAAAAAGAAAUAUGGUGGAGCUGUGUUUGAAAAUCUAUUCUGGGGUGCUGCUGAUGCUUACUAUAUAGCACGUUUUGAGAAGAAAAUGGAAGACCUGAAGAAGAUUUCAGUCGCUGCAUAUGAUGAUUUGAAGAUUUCUCUGUCUUGCCCGUGGUCAAGGGAAUUAUUCACAAAAUACUCAUCUUCUGAUGCUGUUGAGAACAACUUAGGAGAAUCUUUCAAUGCAGCUAUAAGGAUAGCAAGAAUAAAACCGGUUGUGGAGAUGCUUGAAGAUAUAAGAAGAAAGAUUGAACUUGCAAAGAAUUGCAGUCCUGUGAGUUGUGGAUUAGGAGACUAUGAAGUUGGGUACUUCAAUGAUAGGUUUGUGGUGAAGAUGAGAGGUGGCAUAUCUUGUACUUGUAGGAUGUACAAGAUCAGUGGAAUUCCUUGCUGCCACAUUGUCUCAGCCUUGCGUUUAGAGAAAAACGCUGACCAAGACCCGAAAACACUUAUAUCUGACUGGUUCACCAUUGAGAAACUGAAGGCAUGUUAUGCAUAUCGUUUAAAGCCCGUCAAUGGCAUGAACAUGUGGAAGGUGAAAACUAAUGUGAGGGUCAAUCCACCUCCGUUUAAGAAACCUCCAGGGAGACCACCAGGUAAAAAGAGAAAGAGAGAUAAAGGUGAACCAAGAGAACCACCAAAGAUUUCAAAACAAGGAACGAAAAUACACUGUGGGAGUUGUGGGCAAGAAGGACAUAAUAAGAAGUAUUGCAAGAGUCAACCUGUCCCGAAACCACCCAAGAAUCAACCUGAAAGGCCACGCAAGGAAGUAAUUCCACCUACUUCAGCUGCUCUAUUUAUUCAUGAACCAGAUGCAACACCUGGAAGCCUAAGGAAGUGGUCACAGCAACAAAACGAAGAAGCUCUGUUUUCUUAA